AUGAAUCGCCAGCGCUACCAGAUCCGAUCGGACUGGGUGAAAAUCUUCGUCGGCAACAAGCUGGAUGUGCUGGUUGCGCUGGGAGCACACAAAACUGCUAUUCCACAUGAUACUUUUAAGUUUCCUCCUUACACCGUCAUGUGGAACCUUCUGGCGGUACAGACGGGAAAUGUUGUCGAACUAGUACUGACCGGAUGA